AUCGGCGAUCUGAAAUUACGUUCUCGAGAAGCAUAAAGUUAACGUUUGCCACGAGGUGGCAGCACCGUUAGGAGUGUCUAAAAUGGCGGGCGUGCUGUUCGAGGAUAUUUUCAACGUGAAAGACAUCGAUCCAGAGGGCAAAAAGUUUGACAGGGUGAGCAGGCUCCACUGCGAGUCCGAGUCCUUCAAAAUGGACCUGAUCCUGGACAUCAACAGCUGGCUCUAUCCGAUGGAAUUGGGUGACAAGUUUCGUCUGGUUCUCGCGACGACCUUGAGAGAGGACGGCUAUCCCGAUGGAGGAGAGUGGAACGCCACGGAACAGGAAGGAGGUUCCAGAGCAGACAGUUUCGAGUACGUGAUGUCUGGCAAGGUGUUUCGAAUCGAAGGCGACGAAGCCAGCAACGAGCCCAGCAGCAGACUGUCUGCCUACGUAUCGUUCGGAGGACUGCUGAUGAGGUUACAGGGUGACGCAAACAACCUACACGGUUUCGAGAUCGAUCAGCAUAUGUACCUACUCAUGAAGAAACUCGCGUUCUAACUGCGUCGCGCGUCGCAGCGUGACUUAGAAAACUUCUAUUUUAAAUUAUUUUUCUUUUUAGAUUUGCGAGUAGUUGAAUAUUGAGACAACUUCAGAGAAAUACGACGAUUCGACGCACUCCUCAGACAUUACUGCCGCAGUCGUUUCUAAGACUGAUUAAUAAAGAUAUUUUUCCAUGUUGA